AUGGUAGUCCGCAUCGAAAGAAUUGAGCGUACGCUAGAUUGUUUUGAGCAAAGUCUCUCUCAACUCCGGGGACUGUUGCAGACUCAGUCUUCAUCGGCAUCUGUUGGUGGAAGUCAUGGUCAUGACCCAGAAUACCAGUUGCACGAAAGCCACAGACAUGAUGAAUGGGAUCUGAAUCAAAGCCCAUCCUUAUUCAAAGCUCUCCCGACUUCUGCACUCGAAUAUCUUCGCUCUCCCCGGGUUCUGGUAUCUUUCCUAUGGCAGAAGUACUUGGAGAACGUGGAGCCAAUCCUCAAAAUUCUACAUGCAUCAACGGUCCAGAGACAGGUAUUGAAUAACACGCAGUCUCGAGAGAUCGUUGGAGCACCCACGGAAUGUGUGAUAUCCGCCAUUUGUUAUGCUGCUGUGGCAACAAUGACAGUGGAAGAGUGUCGGGUUGAGCUUGAUGAAGACAAACAGAAAGCAUUGAAGAGGUAUCGCAUCGGAGUUGAAAGCUCCCUGGCAAAAGCCGAUUUAUUGAAGUCAUUGGACACGGCUGUCCUUCAAGCCUUCGUCAUAUACAUCGCUUGCAGCAGACGUUAUGAUAAAGGACCAGACAUUAGGAAGUUUCUUGGAAAUGCCAUUGGAAUUGCCUUCAAGAUCGGGCUACAUCGCGACGCAUCCACUUCAGGACUACCACCCUUCCAAGUCGAGAUGCGGCGUCGACUGUGGUGGCAGAUCUAUACUCUGGAUAUCAAUAUCGCAGAGGACUGUGGCACAAACCCGCGUAUUCUGGAGUCAUGGUUCGACACAAGACUCCCUUCGAAUAUCAGCGAUGCAAGUCUUGACCCUGAUAUGAAGGACCCGCCCCGAAACUGCACCGGGAAAACAGAGAUGGUGUUGAAUCUUACAAGGUCUGAGAUCAGCAAUUUUGCCCGCCGAACUAUCUUCCCCGAUCAGUUUUGCGAAGAGAACUGCUACCCGGUUUUAUCAGCGUCGCAGAAAUUCACAGCGAUAGAGCUCUUCAAAGAGAAAGUUGAACAGCAAUAUUUAUCGCAUCUAGAUCAAAGUAUUGCAUUAGACUGUUUUACAACUGUCUCCAGCAAUCUGAUACUUGCAAAGCUCAAACUGGCAGUGAUUAAACCCCGAGCGAGACAGGACCAGUCUAUGCUAACACAUGUGAACUUCCGAAAGGUUUGCACAGAGAUUCUGCAGAAAGCUGCGGCUUUGAGACACUAUGAAAAGGGCAGGCAGUGGCUCUGGACUUUCCAGAACCACAUCGAGUGGGAUGCCUGGACAUGUCUGCUCAUCAAUCUUUCUCUGGCCCCUCAAGGGGAGGCGUUGGAUUCGGCAUGGCAAGCGGUCAAUGAGACAUAUGAUUACUUGAAGAUGGACGGCGAUGCCCGACGUGAUUACCGCUGGGAGAAUAUUGAGGAACUCCGCACGAACGCUCUAUUUUCUCGAGACAUGAUACAGAUCAAUCCAUCCCAAUGGGGGACAUCACCAGAUGAAGACAGCGGCUUUGAAGAAUCACAUACCAUGGCUACAGAAUCACCACAGCAGCUUGGACUGGGAACAUUAAAGCGCCAGAGGGAAGACGGUAUUGGUUCUUCCCGUUAUUCUCCAGUCGAGCUGGAACCCAGAGCCCCGAACUGUCGUUCUGAGGUGCCGACCAUGCAAUCAGAAGCCCAAGAACAUCUGCCCCGUAUGUGGGCGCUGGCUAAUGCUGCCGCGGCUGCUCCGACAGCUAUCGACAGUUCAUCUCACGUGGAACUAGCCAGUGAACCUACAGACAUACCAAGCUCGGGCACUGGCUGUCAGUGGAGUGCGACUCUCUUCGAGCGAUACUUUCAGAUCCUGGGCUCUGAGGAAACGUCACCGGUAUGA